UGUGCCCGUGGCAGCUGCUACCCAGCCACCGGGAACCUGCUGGUGGGGCGAGCCCCCCGCCUGAGUGCCACCUCCACCUGCGGGCUGGACGGGCCCCAGGAGUACUGCAUCGUCAGCCACCUCCAGGACUCAGAGAAAUGUUUCACCUGUGACUCGCGGGACCCAUCCCUGCCCGAGAGCCACCGCAUCGAGAACGUCAUCUACCUGAGCGGCCCCCACGGCCAGCGGACCUGGUGGCAAUCGGAGAAUGGCAUGGAGCAUGUCAGCGUCCGCCUGGACCUGGAGGGCGAGUUCCACUUCACCCACCUCAUCAUGAAGUUUAAGACCUUCCGUCCCGCUGCCAUGCUGGUGGAGCGCUCGGCCGACUUUGGGCGCAGCUGGAAAGUUUACCGCUACUUCGCCUACAACUGCUCCAAGCUCUUCCCCGGUGUCCCCAGUCAGCCCUCGGGACUGGUGGACGAGGUGCUGUGUGACCAGCGCUACUCCGAGAUCGAGCCCUCCAGCCAUGGGGAGGUCAUCUUCAAGGUGCUGGAUCCCUCCAUCCCUGUGGCGGAUCCCUACAGCCCUGACAUCCAGGACCUGCUGCGUGUCACCAACCUGCGGGUGAACCUCACCAAGCUGCACACGCUGGGGGACAACCUGCUGGACACGCGGCGGGAGGUGCUGCACAAGUACUACUACGCCGUGGAUGAGCUGGUGCUGCGUGGGAGCUGCUUCUGCCACGGCCACGCUGCCCGCUGCGCCCCAGCACCUGGCGCCCCAACAUCCUCCGUCCCCGGCAUGAUCCACGGGCGCUGCGUCUGCGAGCACCACACGCAGGGGCUGAACUGCGAGCGCUGUGAGGAUUUCUACCACGACCUGCCCUGGCGCCCGGCCGAGGGCUCCAGCACCAACGCCUGCCGCCGCUGCGACUGCAACGAGCACUCGCGGCGGUGCCACUUCGACAUGGCCGUCUUCCUGGCCACGGGGAACGCCAGCGGGGCCGUGUGUGAUGGCUGCCAGCACAACACCAUGGGCCGCCGCUGCCACCUCUGCAAGCCCUUCUACUACAAGGACCCCAGCAAGGACCUGCGGGACCCCGCGGUGUGCCGAGCCUGUGACUGUGACCCCGAGGGCUCUCUGGACGGCGGGCUGUGUGAUGGUGCUGACGACCCUGCGCGGGGGCUGAUCGCGGGGCAGUGCCGCUGCAAGGAGCAUGUGGCCGGUCCCCGCUGCGACCGCUGCAAACCCGGCUUCUUCGGCCUCAGUGCCGCCAACCCGCAGGGCUGCCAGCGGUGCCAGUGUGACCCUCGUGGCACGGUGGGCGAGGGUGGCCAGUGCGACCCUGUCAGCGGCAAGUGCUUCUGCAAGCGACUGGUGACCGGGCGCAACUGUGACCAGUGCCUGCCCGAGCACUGGGGACUGAGCCACGACCUCCCCGGCUGUCGGCCCUGCGACUGCGACGUGGGAGGUGCCCGCAACAACCUGUGCGCUGUGGAGACGGGGCAGUGCCAGUGCCGCAGCCACGUGGUGGGACGACAGUGCAGCCAGGUGGAGCCUGGGUUCUACCGCAUCAACCUGGACCAUUACACCUACGAGGCUGAGGAUGCUCGGCUGCAUCAGGCCACUAGUUCCUUGCCAGAGAGUUUGACCACAGAGAGUCGCCAAGAUAGCUGGGCCAGGAAGAAAGCGUCGCACCCCUGA